GGGUGGGCGGUGUCGCGCGCGUGUCACGGGCGCGGUACCGCCCCCACCGGCCCGCACCGCCCCAGCGCCGCGGGGCUGAGCGCGCGGCUGCCGUUGGGGUUGGCGCCGCCCCCGGGCGCCGGGAGGAGCCGCGGCCGCCGCCGCUUCCUCUCACCCGCGGGGUCGCUGUGCUGCGGGGAACCCCCGCUCCCCUCCGCCCGGUGAGGCGGGCCCGGCCACGAGGUGUCUUGCACCGGUCGGCGCGGCGACGGAUGCCCCGCGGCAGCAGCUCGGAGGCGCCCCGUCGCGGCUUCCCCGCGCCCGCCGGCGCUGCGUCAGCGUGUGGUGCGUUGCAGCCUCCGCCGGGGGAAGCGAGGAAGCUCUGGAUUUAAUUUGCCUGCUCAUGCCUACCAUCACAGAAGGAAACUGUUCAAGUUGACAAAUGCCACUUCAUCAAAAUCACAUGCUGCAGACUACAGGAAACAACAUCAAGUGAACAUCUGACCACUCAGCAAAAAUGAGAAAUGCAUCCAGGAAUUCUCUGUUAACUGCCUCACAUUGAAAUGUACAGGAAUUCUGCUGUGUUAUCCAGAUCAGUUGUUCCAUAAAGAAAAGAACUGACGGGUCUGGUCUCCAGUGGCUGUAAGAACUGAUGCUGAACAAACAUGGGAGUUAUUCCACAUGGAGUGGACUGUGCUGCUGUUUUCACAGUGAAGUCUGUCCUACUGACUGCCUUUGAAACACCUAGAAGCUGAAAAAACGCUGAGGCAGACAAAAAUAUAAUCAGAUUAAUGAGGAAAUAAACUGCAGGACAGAAAAGGUGGAAUGCUUCUGUUUAAACAUGCUGCAAUUUAGGAAGGAGGUACAGGAAGAGGUUGCUGGAACCACAAGUAAAUGGGUCAAGAAUCUGCCAAACCUGCCUGGCUCAAACCAGCAGGAGGAUAUCAGAGUGCGACUGGUAGAAGAUAUGGAAGAAGACAUGCCUUUGUUGGCUUUAGACCCUCUCUGAAUAGCCAAGACAGAGAUGAACAUCAACACAAUGAAGACAGCACACGGUUGGAGUUUGAGAAUGUUCAGAGAGAGAGUUCUUUAUCUCUCCGUGAAGGUUCCAGUCCAUUGGUUCAAGUUUCUUCUGGUUUAUUAGAUGACCCUUUGUUAGAAAAUACUGAAACUGAAGAACUCGCAUGCCGAAGUGUAUCAAACCGAACCUCUGAAGCAAACACAUCUCCAUUUUGUCUGUUCUCCUUUGGUCUGGAAGGCAACCGAAUCUCAAGGAACUUUAUGAAUUCUUACGGACAUUCUGAGGACCUUGCAGAAUACAUGUCUGGAAGACAUAAUGAUUUGAAUGGUCAAAAUGGAAUUGCUUUUGUAAAUAUUGACUCUUAUGAGCCAGAUAGCAGUGAUGGAGAAGAAGCAUGUGCAUUUCAGAAAACACUAGAUGAUGUGGUUUCACAGGUAGUAAAAGAAUCUGUGCCUGAUUCUGGCAUGCUGUCCUCAUUAUCAGCUCUCAACCAAUGUGUUUCCAGAGAAUGUUGUGAAGAAGCAGGAUUAAUGCCUUUAGUGAGAUGUUUUGGCACAGAUUCAGACUUGGCAUGUCCAAACAACAGGCCAUUUAAAUCUUCUGCUGAAGAUGAGGGUAUACCAAAAAGUAACUGGGGUGGCACCAAUCAUGAAACACAGCAGAUACAAAAUAUAGUGGAUGUUGAAAUCAGAACCCCAAUAGCAAUUGCUAAUAUAUUAAAUAUCAAUGAUAGAAAGACUGAACAAGGAAAUUCAUCAGAGCUAGUAGUGAGACCUAAAAUAAGAAUGGACAGUACUGAAAACCACUUGGAGAGAGGGAGUCUUCUCCCUUAUGACGAUGAAGAGGAAAGUGGUUCCUGGAGGAGAACUGAAAUUGCUGAAGCCCAAAAUGGCUGUGCUGAGUAUGCCUGGAGAAACAGCAAACAAGAGCUGAGUUCUGGUGUGUUUUUUGAGUCAAGACAGUGUGAAGGUCACCAAAAUAAUAUAGAAAUAGACCUAAGGAAAAAUUCAGCAGCUCAAGAACUAAUAAAUAUUCAAGACAAUGACAGUUCUUGGGAUGAGUUUGAGGACUGCAGCGGACACUUCUCAAUGUCCCACAAAGAUGAAGACAGCUCAGAUUGCAGUGAUGGAGAAUGGUCUGCAGCUGUGCUUACCUAUUUUACUGCUACUGAGAGAGGCCAGUCCUCAAGUGAUGAGAGCUGGGAGACUGUCCCAAGCAAAGAGGAAUGUAGGCUGGAAGUGCAGAGCAGCAGCAGUGGUGUAGAAGAGAAGAACACAGACUUCUGUUACCAAGGACGGGAACAGACAUUAUUGGAGGAAGGAGAAAUUCCUUGGUUACAGUACCGUGAAGAAGUAGAAAGUAGCAGUGAUGAGGAAAAUGAUACAGUUAGUGAUUUUGUGCAUCUUGGGUUCUUCCUGUUGGAUGGAAAUAACAACCUUGAGGAUGACUUCAGUGUGAGUGAAGACCUGGAUGUGGAGUGGAGUCUACUUGAUGAGUUCGGUGAUGGCCUAGGACUUGCUCAAGCAAUUCCUUACAUGGAUCCUCAGUUUCUGACGUUUACGGCACUAGAGCGACGGUUACGAGAAGCUAUGGAGACUACUCUGGCACAUUUGGAGUCCCUUGGAUUUGAUGGUGAACAGACCUAUCCACCAGCUACUAAAGAAACCAUAGAUUGUCUGCCACAGACUAUCAUCACAGAUGACUACAAUGGUCUAGAGCAGUGCACAAUCUGUUUCUGUGAAUAUGUGAAAGAUGAAAUCAUAACAGAGCUACCCUGUCAUCAUUGGUUUCACAAAUCCUGUGUAACUCGUUGGUUACAGGAAUCGGGAACAUGCCCAGUUUGUCGUCACAUGCUUGCACCUGUGCUUCUUGAAGCAAGUGCUGCAGCUGUUUCCUUUCUGCCUGGUCAUGAUUCCCUGUCCUCUGUUCACAGCGCUACAGGAGCUUCAGAGUAGUCUGAAAUUAAAUCUUUGCCACCAAAACCAAAAUGUAAAUUUUGCCUGUUUAAUUACAAUAUGAAAACCAUUAUGUAUAAAAUAUUAUAUGUAAGAUACUAUCUAUAUUAUAUAUUUUAGUUUAGAAAGAGGGUGUGAGACUUCCUAAAUUUCUUAGCUUUAUUAUAAUAGCUUUGAUUUUUCAAACUGGGAAUUGGGAGAAUGCACAGCCUUUUUUUUCUAGGCAGAAUGUUGCUGGUAACUGAAAUGUCUAAAGCUUAUAUUAUGAAAAAAAUUCAAAAAAAAUAAUUCAUGUGGCACUUUCUUCAAGGUCUUUCAGCUACACUGGAGGUGAAGUUUAUGAAAGUUACGCUUAUCUGUUUUAUGUGAUAGAACUGAACUACUUGUUUUUGACAAAGUUAGGACCACUCUGACUUUGUAAGAUGAGAUGGUGUUCUGUUUUACCAGCAGUGGUAGAAUUAGAUUUGCCUGGAAACAAAUUGCAUAAUGGAACAGUACUUCUUACCAGUUUGUUCUACAAUAAACUUUUUCUUGAUGUCAGUGCUGUUAAA